AUGUUAUUCGUAUGCUUACUUUUGUUACUUCCUCAGGUCUUCCUCCUCUUGGUGACGGAGAUGAUGAUCUUCCUCGCCUUGAUCGUUCCUCUGCCCUUCACCUGGCGCCGCAAGCUAUUUACCUUCAUUUCCGAGAGCCCCAUCAUCGCAAAACUCCAAUAUGGCAUGAAGAUUACCUUCAUCUUCAUCUUGAUCCUCUUCAUCGAUAGUGUCAACCGUGUCUACCGCGUCCAAGUCGAACUCGCUGCGUUUUCCAAAUCUGACGCACGCGGCGGUGCUACCGUAAUGGGCGGAUCCGAGCGCAUGGAAGUACAAGCCCGCAAGUUCUACUCGCAGCGUAACAUGUACCUCUGCGGUUUCACCCUCUUCCUUUCCCUCAUCCUCAACCGUACCUACGUCAUGAUUCUCGAUGUCCUUCGUUUGGAAGAGGAAGUCAAGACUUUGAAGGGUGACCCCGCCGCUAAGGGAAAGAGCAUCAAAGAUGCUGGUGGCAUGGGUGAGGUCGCCAACCUCAAAGAGGAACUCGCUGCCAAAGAUCGCGACAUGGAGAAUCUCAAGAAGCAGGUCGAGAGCAUGCAGAACGAGUACAACCGUAUGGGUGACGAAGUGUCUGGCUCCAAAUCUACCCCAAGGAAGGGUCAGUAG